CGGGGCGGGUCGGCGCUCGGCAGGCACACGGGAGAUGCAACGGCCGCCAGUCGGCCGCGAACACCCGCAGGGCAACUACCGCGCCACCACUAUCGUGAGAUCGCGGGCACGCAACUUAUCGUAAUUUUCUUCUUUCAGUAAAAAGCAUUUAAACCGACAAAUAAAAUAAAAGUGUAUUCGGAAAUGUGCAAAUUAAACAACUGAACUGAACAGUGAGUUUUGUUUAGUUUCAUUUAAAAUGAACGUAUUUGCGGCAGUGUAACGAUGUAAGUGAUAAGAUUGUAUAGUGAAAUGUUGGGUUUGGAGAUCAAACAGUAGUGAAGUGGACUUGGUACGACAGCAGGAUGACUAUGAAAUCGCUGAAGUACAGCGAGCGGGAGGAGAUGAUGGAGGGUUUCAGCCCGGUACCCCCUCCCCUCCCGCGCCGGCAGCCAGUCAGGAACAUCUACGCCGAACCCUUCGUAGACCCUAGAUUGGGCGGCGCGCCGAUGUCAAGCGGAAUGGGUGGCGGCACGCUGGGCAGUGGGCACUGCCAGCUCGCUAACCAGCCGCUGGUGAUGCCGGUGUUCCCGCUGCGAGCCAGCCAGCCCAGCCCCGUCCCCGUGUACUCGCCAUCACGGUUCCACAUAGACAAACGGUGUCAACACCGGUGCACGUGGAAGUGCCUCGCCAUCGCCAUGAUAUGCCUCUGUGUCAUCCUAGCGGCGAUGCUCGCCUACUUUAUAGCGUUAUCGUCAAUUAAAAGUAAUAUAGACAAUUCAAAUUGUAUCCUGGUACAAGAUGUAAAAGCCGUAACACAUGCACAAGGAAUUAGAGAUGCUUUAUCAACGUCAUCACCUUCAGACGAAUCAAUAUCAACUUCAUCAUUAGGCGGGUGGUCAACAACAGCAGAAGCGGCGCUAGAGUCAGCAGUAAUACCUCAACAAGCGCAACAAGCAGCGCCGCCUCCUUGGUCACCCGCGUUAGAAGUUAGAGAAUUCGACGAGUUACACAGCGCUACUAUACCUGCUUACCAAUUUUGGAGUUCUGAAUUUCGCAACAAGCAGCCUGCCUACGUUAGCCUUAACUUCACGGUUCCCUGGGGAGCUAAUUUUGCCGUAUAUGGCAGACGCAACGUAGCUCCUAGCGUAACACAAUACGACUUUGUUGAAUUUAUUCGAGGCGGCAGGGUUGACCACAGACUACGGCGCAGAAGAAGUCCAUUCAGAGAUAAUCCAUUUCAAAGUAGUCUAAACGACUGGGACGCAUUGUUAAGCACGAUAAACCCAUUGCACAAAUGGAACCAUACGUUAAGCAAACGUUCAACGGAUAUGAGAGUAAACGUCAGCAUACUACAAUACCUAGACACGGGAAGAUGGUUUAUAUCAGUAUACAAUGACGAGCUGCAGCCACACAACGUUGAAAUGAUCGUUUCUGAGGCGGAAGGCGUCACUAACUCUUGUCCAGAUGAUUGUUCAGGUCACGGAUCAUGCUACCUUGGCAAAUGCGAAUGUAUGGACGGCUAUGAAGGACACGACUGCUCAAAAAAGGACUGCCUUGAUCCAACCUGCGGUGGCCAUGGUUCAUGCGUGCGUGGUAGAUGCGUGUGUCGUGCGGGUUGGCGAGGUGCCUCCUGCAGCGAACGCGAUGCUAGGGUACAACGUUGUCUCCCUGCAUGUUCCCAACGCGGUGUAUACGAUUUAGAUGCAGGACGAUGUGUGUGUGACCCUCUCUACACCGGAGAUGAUUGCUCGCAAGUUGUGUGUUCAUUGGAUUGUGGACCGCAUGGUGUUUGUGCCGAGGGCGUUUGUCGCUGCGAUGACGGCUGGACAGGCUCCAUGUGUGACCAACGACCUUGUGACACGCGCUGUCACGACCACGGGCAAUGCAAAAACGGCACGUGCGUCUGUACGCAGGGGUGGAACGGCCGGCACUGUACUCUGCCUGGUUGUCCGAAUGGCUGUUCUCGUCAUGGACAAUGUCUUCUGGAAGAUGGAGUGUACCGCUGUUCCUGCGCUGACGGCUGGGCUGGCACCGACUGUUCUAUUGCACUGGAACUCUCUUGCAACGACAACGAAGAUAACGAUGAAGAUGGCAUGACGGACUGCUCGGACUCGGAAUGCUGCAGUCGACCUGAGUGCGCCGAGCACAUCAUGUGCUUAGCUUCCAACGAUCCUGUGGAAGUACUUCUCAGAAAGCAACCGCCUUCUGUCACCGCAUCCUUCUAUCAGCGCGUCAAAUUCCUCAUCGAAGAAAACUCUGUCCAGAGCUACGCACACAUGGACGAAUACUCCGAAAGCCGUGUCUCCGUGAUGAGGGGUCAAGUGGUCUCACCACAAGGCCUUGGUAUCAUCGGCAUCAGGGUCUCCGUCGACCGCGAGGCUCGCUUCGGAUUUACUCUCACCAGACAGGGCGGAUGGUUUGACGUGCUGGUGAAUGGAGGAGGUGCGGUAACGCUGCAGUUCCAGAGAUCACCAUUCAAGCCGCUGAGGAAGACUGUCUUCGUACCUUGGAACCAGAUCGUUGUACUGCCACCAGUGCAGAUGGAACUAAGUGACGACAACGUUAAAGUACCAACGCCCAGGGCUCCACCUCGCAUCGGCUGGUCUCCAACUCCACAAUGGUGGGAGGCAGAAACUCCGCCUUGUGCUGCACAUGACCACGAACGUUUAAGGCCUGAAGUAGUAGCGGUUCCACCACUCGCAGCACCCGCUGCCUCAUCAGCUACUACGACCACUGUCAUUUACCCUGAGGCUCAGAUUGUAAGCGAAUCUAUUGGCAUACCUGGGUCGUUGGUGAAGCUUACGUACCGUUCUUCCCAAUCAGCUGGGUAUCUGUCUUGCGUCCAUGUUCAGCUUACUCGUCGUAUAGUCCCAGCAUCCCUCAUACGAGUACAUGUCCGCGUUGAAAUCGAGGGCUCCUUACACACGCACACUUACGAAGCUGAUCCCGAUUUGACUCAUAUCUUCGCAUGGAACAAACGAAACGUAUACAAACAAAAGGUAUAUGGCCAAGCUCAAGCUAAAAUAUCAAUUGGAUACGAAUACACAUCUUGCGCAUCUAUCGUCUGGGAGACACAAACAGCAACUCUGGCCGGUUUCGACGUGGACAUAUCAGAUAUUGGAGGAUGGGGUUUGGACAUACACCACCAUUACAACUUCCACGAGGGUAUUCUGCAAAAGGGUGACGGAGCUCUUCUUCACCUGAAACAAUAUCCUCGUACCGUACAGGUUGUAAUGGGAACAGGUCUCCAACGAUCCCUGGAAUGUCCUGACCACUGCAAUGGCAAGGCAGCUGACGCUCGUCUCUUGACUCCGACAGCACUUACAUCAGGUCCAGAUGGGUCUCUGUAUGUUGGUGAUUUCAAUCUUGUAAGACGUAUCACUCCUGAGGGCGUUGUUACUACAGUUCUUCAACUACAAACUACGCAAGUUGCAUAUCAAUAUUAUAUCUGCAUAUCACCAGCGGAUGGAUAUCUUUACAUAUCAGAUUCAGAGAGACAUCAAGUCCGAAGAGUGAUAGCUUUAGAAAAGGUCAGAGAUCCAGCCACCAAUUCUGAAGCUGUUGUUGGUAACGGAGACCGUUGCGUGCCUGGAGAUGAUUCCAACUGUGGUGAUGAAGGUCCGGCAAUCAAAGCUAAACUGGCUCAUCCUAAAGGUCUUGCAAUUGCAGCAGAUAGAACCAUGUACAUCGCAGAUGGAACCAACAUCAGGGCAGUUGACCCCAAUGGUAUUAUACAUACUCUUGUAGGACAUCACGGUCAUCAUAACCACUGGUCACCAGUUCCGUGCCGAGGAGCAAUCCCACCUUAUGAAGCACAGCUACAAUGGCCGACUGGAGUAGCCCUAUCCCCACUUGACGGAUCUCUGUACUUUAUAGACGAUAGAAUCAUACUGAAAUUAACUGUUGAUAUGAAAAUCAAGGUGGUCGCUGGCCAACCAUCACAUUGCCGCCUAGGAAACGAUGGAAAACCUGUUGCUAAGCCUGCUAAUCGAACAAAUACUGACAUUAGAGAAGAUUCUAGCUUAGGCACUAUACUAGCUAUAGCCUUUGCACCUAGUGGUAUUCUGUAUGUCGCUGAGGCAGAUUCAAAGAAAACGAACGCUAUUAAAUCUAUUGACCCAUCUGGAAAGAUCAUGCAUUUCGCUGGAAAAGUACAAGAGAACUUGAAAGAAUUAAGCUGUGAAUGCAAUUCCUCGGCGUCUGCAACAGCUGUACCUACGAAUUCACGGGAUGAUGCUGGUUGCCCAUGUAGACUUAGCGUGGCGGCAGGUGAUGAACCUCCUACAAGCACGGAAACUUUAUUAUCUUCAAACGCUAAAUUCCAAACGAUUUCUGCUCUUGCCGUAACUCCAGAUGGAGUUCUCAACGUAGUUGACCAAGGAUCUCUUCAUAUUUUGGCCCUAAAACACUACUUGCCAACUCAUGACGAAAACGGAGAAUUUAGAAUACCUUACCCACCAACAUCAGAGAUAUAUGUAUUCAACCGCUAUGGUCAACAUAUCACUACAAAAGACUUGACGUCAGGCAAAACAAGAUACUCAUUCCUGUAUUCUAAGAAUACAAGUUUCGGGAAACUAUCAACAGUAACUGACGCAUCUGGAAAUAAAAUACAAUUGCUAAGAGAUUAUAGCAAUAUUGUAAGUUCCAUCGAAAAUACACAAGACCAUAAACUGGAGUUGAAGAUAUCUGGAAUUGGUUACUUGACUAGAAUAUCAGAGAAAGGUUCCACCGAAAUGGAAUUUGAUUAUGAUGCAAGUACUGGAUUACUGAACAGUCGAUCAGGGGCUGGUGAUACUGUAAUCUACAAUUACGACGAACUAGGAAGAGUAACGAAAAUUAUCAUGCCAUCGGGUGAGCAAGUUCAUAUAACUUCGGGGCUUGCCAAGAAUUAUGGAUUAGCUGUCACUGUCUCAAACCCAUCAAGCACUAUACCCGUAGGAGUUGCCAAGAAAUGUGAAUACGUAUUACAUGGUCAAUCGUUCAAACAAAUUACUAUAAAUAACGGUAAACAAAUAACCGAAGGCAAAAUUUAUACGAACAACACGCUACUCCUUGAAACACCUUGGGCAGGAAAGUUCGAAAGUAUCGCCGCUGCAAAACACCCACUCCUAGAAGCUGCCUUACCAAUUGAAGCUGAAAUGCUCCACAUGUGGUCACAUCAAACCACUACAUUUGGAGAUGCAUUAGUAAACAACAUGUAUUCAUUGUACACUCUCGUAGGCGAUGUACGGAAUCCUCAACAAACCUUGAAUAGGGAAAUAUGGGUAAAUGAUUCCAGAGUGCUUAUAAUUGAAUUCGAUCAGUUUAAGAGCCGUGAAACUUUCUUCAACGCUGAUAGAAACCCAUUGUUUACCAUCUCCUAUGAUGUUGCUGGACUGCCACUUUCGUUUAACCCUCAUGGAGCUGGAGCUCCUCUCAAUAUUUCAUACGAUAGAUUCAAUAGAAUCAACGGUUGGAAAUGGGGUGACAGUGAAGAAAGCUAUAGCUAUGAUCCACAUGGUAUGCUUUCGGAGAUUACAAGUCCGCAAGAUGGUACCAAGUUCAUUUACUACAAUGAAGGCAACCUUGUGUCCAAGAUAAGCUUAGCCAGCCAAAGAAGCUUCAAAUACAAGUACGAUAACGAUGGCGGACUAACACACGUUAUCUUGCCUUCGGGAUCAAAUCACUCAUUCAGUGUGCAACCAUCUAUUGGAUUCCUGCGAGUAACAUACACGCCACCUGGUUCAUCCAAGAAAUAUCUGCAACACUAUGCCCACACCGGCGAACUUCUGCAGACAGUAUUCCCAGGCGAUGGAGCCAGAGUUGUCUAUCGUUAUUUCACAACGAAUAAAGUAUCUGAAGUCAUUCAUGGAGAUGGUCAAACACAGAUCCACUACGCUGAAGCCAGUGGUCUACCAUCAGAAAUAUUACAUGUUGACCGAGAUGUAGACUAUCGAUGGGAAUCCACUUACGUAGGUGGACUACUUACUGAAGAAAGGCUUGACUACGGUGCCAAAACUGGACUCAGUAAUGCGAAAAUUAUUUACGAAUACGACAACAAUUAUAGAAUAACUUCCGUCCAAGGUAGAAUUGGUGGGCAAACGCUAAUACCACAUCACAUUGUUUACAACAGCAAAACUGGUGCUCCGGAAAUACUUGGACAAUUUACUGUAUCAAAACAGAAAUGGAAUGAAACCUCUGUAUACGACGGAAUAGCCAUGUUCUCUCGCUUACUUAACGACCAAUUCUUAGAAAAGGAAGUUACUGUGAAUAUCCACAGAAUGGAAGUAUUCCGAAUGGAGUUUUCAUAUGACAGGCAUGGAAGAAUAUCUCAAACACGCACCCAUACACGAAAUGUGGGUGUUAAUACUUACACCAACGUCAAAAACUAUACUUGGGACUGCGAUGGUCAACUAACCGGAGUCGAAGCUCAAGAACCAUGGGGCUUUAGAUAUGAUGACAACGGCAACAUGUUAUCACUGACUUACAGAGGUAAUACUAUUCCUAUGGAAUACAAUGAUAUGGAUCGGAUUGUCAAAUUUGGCGAGGGUCAAUAUAGAUACGAUAGCCGUGGUCUGGUGUCUCAAAAUGCAAGAGAAGAAAGAUUCCAAUAUAAUUCUAAAGGACUUUUGAUUAGAGCAACAAAACGUGGAAGAUUUGAUGUUCGAUACUUCUACGAUCAUCUAGACAGACUAUCAACAAGAAAAGAUAACUUCGGUAAUGUUACGCAAUUUUUCUAUACAAACAAAGAUAGACCACACGAAGUCAGUCAUAUUUAUUCGCCACGUGAAAACAGAUUUAUGACACUGGUAUAUGACGACAGAGGACAUCUGAUCUACACACAGGUUGCUCGCCAUAAAUAUUACAUUGCAACGGACCAAUGUGGUACACCUGUGAUGAUUUUCAAUCAAUAUGGAGAAGGAAUAAGAGAAAUUAUGAGAUCUCCAUACGGCCAUAUCGUAUAUGAUUCUAAUCCAUACUUAUAUCUUCCCGUUGAUUUCUGUGGAGGACUCCUGGAUCAAGUCACGUCACUAGUCCAUAUGGCAAAUGGAAAAGUUUAUGACCCCUUGAUUGGACAAUGGAUGUCUCCGCUGUGGGAAAAUCUCAUUGAGAGGAUUCACAACCCAACGCAGUUACAUCUCUAUAGAUUCAAUGGGAACGAUCCUAUCAAUGUACGGCCACAGAACAAAAAACCAACAGAUCACCUGUCAUGGCUCAAAUUACUUGGCUAUGAUACAAAGAGUCUUGCGCCUCAACUAUACCCUGAUGAACUUCCUGGUGGCUCAGUGUUACCGAGCAUUCCUCGUGGUCGGCCAGUUUGGGGCACCGCGCCAGCUGAUACUAGUCCUGGACUUCCUUCUGCCAUGUCUCUACUUCCAACAGUCACUAUAGAAUCAGGCUUCCUCUCACACAUGUCAAAUAAGAGGAUAGCCGAUUUCAGAAGUUUGUCUAUCCCAGCAAUGUCAGCACUCAAGACUGACGCCCUGAACCUGGCUCCUAAACGUAUAGGAUCUGACUCUGAGCCACCAUUCGGACGUGGUAUCUUAGUCUCACGCAACUCUCGUGGUCGUGCAGUUGUUACCACCGUGCCUUCGGCUAACGCUAUCUACCGCGAUGUUUACACUUCAGUCUUCAAUCGAUCUCAUCUUCUGCCGUUCUCAUUCGUUGUUCAUGGUGAUCAACAAGAUGUCUUCUAUUUUGUCAAAGAAGAUACCUGGCGUGCCGCAGACGAUAAGCAACAGCUGAAACGAAUGCAAGGAAAGCUAAAUGUAACAUUCCAUGAAGUUGCUGAGGGAGGACGUUCAUACGCGGACGUUAAAAUUCAUGGAAAAACAAGUAUAGUCAAUCUACGGUAUGGCACCAGUGCGGAACGGGAGCGACAACGACUGCUGCACCAUGCACGGGCUGCAGCCGUACGGAAAGCGUGGCACCGCGAGCGCGAGGCGCUGCGCAGUGGACUCGGUGGCUCGCUGGACUGGUCCGCGGCCGAGUUAGAUGAAAUUCAGAAGGCUGGAUCAGCAGCUGGCUACGAAGGAGAGUACGUGCACGACGUAGCGCGAUACCCAGAACUAGCCGAGGACCCGUACAAUAUCCGCUUCGUGAAGAAGCGGUCGGACCGCGCCGAGCGCCGGCGGCGGAAGCGCUCAGACUGCCACGGGGCCUGGUGGCUCGCCUGGGACGAACUCUGCUAGUGACGUGCCGCCAUCCAUAUGCCAAAUGGUGUGAAUGUGAAAUAGGUGUGUGUAAACGGUGAGGUAUGAUCGUGCGAGUGUGUGUGGAAUAUAUUUUGUAAAUAGUCUCUAUUAAUUGUUAAUUGUUGAUGUAUGUAUGUACGGUAGAUGCGAAUCCCUAUCGCUGUGUAAAUAAUAAAAUUUAAUUUGCAGGGAGAGAAUGGACCUUUUGAGAGGACUGAUAUUAAAAAUAAAUGUAAUGUAUGUAUAGAUAAGAUUUAUGUGAAUAUGAAAUUAUUUAUACUUAUUUAUCGGUAAAAAAGCUUCAUUGUGUCCAAUGUUCUUAUAAAUUUAGAUGAAGACUAUUUGAAAGAAU